AGGGGAGCGAGGGGAGCCAGGGUGAGCCUGCAGGACCUGCAGAGCUUAAGAGCUUGGUGAUUGUUUACGGAAAAUUCGGUUCACCUUUGAUAAAACUAGAUAAAACGGAGUUUCUUCACGUUUGUUCUCCUCUGUGUUACUUCAUCAUAAGUACAUAUGUAUACUGAAUCGCCGAAAAAUGUUUCAAAUUGGACUGGAUCAUAAUGUAAAGAAGGUUCAUUGAAAGAAGAUUUUUAGAUUAUUAGUUUAUAGACUACUUUAUAUAUAAAUCUUGACCAAAUGUUCCACGUAACCAUAAGAAUGGAAGUAACUUUCACUUAUAUUUAUUCAAUAACAAGAAGAAAUUGACAUGUGAAAUUGGAUUGUAAAUGUAUAAAAAAUAAUAGAUCAUGAGAUGAUGUCAAUCUAUGAAAAACAUAAAUGCGUACAGUAUGACCAAGGAAAUUAGUUCCAAUAUAUUUAAAAAAGAAUGCAAAGAUAAUGGAUCAACGAAUGAUUAUUAUUAUGAAGAAGACUUGCACCAAUCUGUUGGAAUUGCAAAUAUUUAUAAAUUGAACAAUGACUGCCUGAUGCUCAUUUUUUUGCAUUUACCAAUUAUUGAUAGGAUUAGAAUUGAAAGAGUGUGUAAGAAGUGGCUGAGAAUAAGCCAAAAAUCUUGGUAUAAUCUAAAGAAAUUAGAUUUAACAAAUUCUGUCUGGGGAUUUUCAUCUGACAUUAAAGUAAAACAAAUCAAUACGCUUAUCCUUCAUAAAGUAUUAUCAAGAUGUGGCAGAUUUUUAAACGAAAUAUAUUUAGAUAAAACAUUUUGUGAAGGUAGAGAAAGUGCAUUGGCUGUAAUUGGUGACUUAUGCCCUAACAUAGAAACUAUUGAUGUCAGUUGCCUCCAGGUACCUUCAGUGGGAAUAACAUCAUUAAUAAAUAACUGCCAUAAUAUAAAGAAACUGAGUUUAGACUGUAUAUGCCUUUUUGACACAGAUUUGGAUAAGCUAUUUAAAGCAAAUCAAAAGUUACAAUAUCUUAAAUUAAUUGACGUUAAGAUUUCUGGUAAAUGCUUGUUAUAUUUGCCAUCAGACGCGAUAGAAGAAUUAAUUAUCGAAAGAUGUGAUUAUGUACGAGACGGUGACGUUGUAGAAGCAGUUGCGAGAUUAAUUAAUUUGAAGUGUCUUAUAAUAACAGAUAGUUUCGACACUUGGGAAAAAACUACAGAAGCUGUUGGAAAAUAUUGCAAACGUUUAAAAACAUUAGAAAUCACUGGUAAAUCAAGUAUAUUACAAUUCAAUGGUAUAUCAUGUAUAUCUUCAUUAGUUGAUCUCGAAAGCUUAAAAGCGAGCGUGAAUUGGUUCAUAUGUAACUCAAUUCUUCACAAAUUAAGUCUAUACUGCCAGCAACUUAUUUAUCUAGACCUUAGCGAUAUUCCAGGGCAUUUUAUCCGAGAUUACACUCUGGCAGCUAUAGAAAAAUUCACAAAACUGGAGAUAUUGAUAACACGCGAUCUAUAUCAAGUAACCAGUAACGGGUUAUUACAUCUGUGUAAUUUGAAGCAAUUAGUUUGUCAAGAAUGCUGUUUCUUUGAUAUAACAAUAUCAAAUUUUAUUCAGUACUCUUAUCAAAUGGAAGUGUUAGACUUGUCUGGAUGUCGUAACAUAACAAAUGCUACAUUAAGAAGAGCGGCAGCAGCUACUGCUUGCAGAGUUAAUAAUAUUACUCUAAAUUUAUUCGUCGGUGGAACAGCAGUGGAUCUUGAAACAUUCAAAGAUGCAUCGCCCUUUUUACAUAUAAUUAAUAAAGAUUCGCGUUACAAACGGAUAUUUCCGUUCCAUCCGAGCUCUCUCUUAAUUUAAAUUUAUUUUCUUAUUAUAUAGUUAUGUACAAUCAUUGUAAAUAUGUAUCAGAUAAUUUUAUGGUAAAAUCUGAAGCAUUAAUACAAACAUUUUAUGAAAU